CUACACUUAAUCGCAUAGCUUUAAUUACGUCACGUCUGGGAGUACACGGAAAGUGUGAGAAGGUAAAUGUUGUUUUACCAUUACAAAACCAAACACAGGGAUGGUGAGGCAAUAAGUGUAAUGAUAUACAUACGAAAGCAUUAUUCUAAAGUCAACUUGGCAGGUCAAAGAAACUCUUAGCUUGGUUCAUAUAAGAAGAGACCAUAAACAUUGCAGCAAGCAAUUACAUCUCUUCCUCGUCACAAACAAUGUCUCCUUCUUUUCUAUUCCCUGAAACUCAAUCCACAGUUGUCCCUGACCCUUCAACCUACUUCUCACCAAACCUCCUUUCAUCUCCACUCCCCACAAACUCUUUCUUCCAAAACUUUGUUAUUCCAAAUGGUACACUGCCUGAGUACUUUCAUCCCUACCAUAUUCAGUCCUCAAACUCCUCGCUCUCUGCUUCCUACCCUUUUCUCUUCUUUACAGCAGCUGUGCUGUACCAAAUUUUUGUCCCAGAUCUCACCAUCUCAGCCUCUCAAACAACUUCAUAUGGUCAAAACCGUGUCAUCUCAUCCUACAGUGACCUUGGUGUCACUUUGGACAUCCCCAGUUCCAACCUCAGGUUCUUUCUUGUCAGAGGAAGCCCUUUCAUAACUGCUUCUGUCACAAAGCCAACAUCUCUUUCCAUCAAAACAGUGCAUACCAUAGUCUCUUUGUCUUCCUAUGACGACAAUACCAAGUUCAUCCUUCAGCUUAACAACACUCAGACAUGGCUCAUAUACGCCUCCUCCCCAAUCUAUUUGAACCAUGUUGCUUCUGAGGUUACAUCCAAGCCGUUUUCUGGCAUCAUUCGUAUAGCAGCGUUGCCUGAUUCCAACCCCAAUAAUGUGGCAACUCUUGACAAGUUCAGUUCUUGUUACCCUGUGUCCGGUGAUGCUGCACUCAGUAAGCGUUUCCGAGUGGAGUAUAAAUGGCAAAAGAAAAGGUCAGGGGACUUGCUCAUGCUAGCGCACCCUCUUCAUGCUAAGCUUCUAUCACGUGAUAGUGACGUUACCAUUCUGCACGAUUUUAAGUAUAGAAGUGUUGACGGUGAUCUUGUUGGUGUUGUUGGAGAUUCAUGGGUGUUGGAGACGGAUCCUAUUCCUGUGACAUGGCAUUCUAAAAAAGGGAUCAAUAAAGAGUCGUUUGGUGAGAUUGUCUCAGCACUUUAUAAGGAUGUCAAGGGGCUAAAUUCUUCUGCAAUAACAACAAAUUCAUCUUAUUUCUAUGGAAAGCUUGUUGGAAGGGCUGCAAGGUUAGCCUUGAUUGCAGAAGAAGUGUCUUAUUUUAAGGUGAUUCCCAAGAUUAAAAAGUUUCUGAAGGAAACCAUUGAGCCCUGGUUGGAUGGAACUUUCAAAGGGAAUGGUUUUCUAUACGAAAGAAAAUGGCGUGGAAUUGUUACCAAACAAGGCUCCACAGAUUCAACUGCUGAUUUUGGGUUUGGAAUAUAUAACGAUCACCAUUUUCAUUUGGGGUACUUCCUUUAUGGAAUUGCAGUUCUUGCAAAGAUUGACCCUGCCUGGGGCAAAAAAUUCAAACCGCAAGCUUAUUCACUUGUGACAGAUUUUAUGAACUUGGGCCAAAGAUAUAACUCAGAUUAUCCACGCCUAAGGUGUUUUGACCUUUACAAGUUACACUCUUGGGCUUCAGGGCUGACUGAAUUUGAAGAUGGAAGGAAUCAGGAGAGUACAAGUGAAGCUGUAAAUGCCUACUAUGCAGCAGCUUUGAUGGGUUUAGCUUAUGGUGAUAGCCGUCUUGUUGAUACUGGAUCGACAUUGUUAGCAUUGGAAAUUCGUGCUACACAAACAUGGUGGCAUGUAAAAGCGGAAGACAACUUGUAUGAAGAAGAAUUUGCAAAAGAUAACAGGAUUGUGGGUAUUCUGUGGGCUAACAAGAGGGACAGUAAGCUAUGGUGGGCUACUGCCGAGUGUAGAGAGUGUAGGCUUAGUAUCCAAGUUCUACCCUUGUUGCCUGUCACUGAGACCUUGUUCUCUGAUACUGUUUAUACCAAGGAGCUUGUGGAAUGGACACUGCCUUCUUUGAAGAAUAAAACAAACGUAGAAGGCUGGAAGGGAUUCACCUAUGCCUUGCAAGGAAUUUAUGAUAAAAGUACAGCAUUAAAGAAAAUAAGAACGUUGACAGGUUUUGAUGAUGGAAACUCAUUCAGUAACCUUCUCUGGUGGAUUCACAGCAGAUGAGGAGUAAUGCAAAGAAGUUUUUGGACAAGUUCGUGAAAUCUUACUUUUCAAUUUGAUCCUUGUCAACAUUUUUUGUUCACUGUAAUUUAUGAAAUUCUACCUUAUUGUUAAUGUGGUGAGGUAAAUUUUAUAUUUAAUAAUUUUCAAGAAUUUUUUAUACUUUGCAGUUUAGCAGAUUUUUCCUACUGUAAUUAGAAGUUCAGUUCCCUGUAACUUUUAACAGAAUUUGUAGAGCAGAAAAAACUCUGUUUAAGUUUGGCA